AUGAUUGGAAGGAACAACUGAAGAAGUACAUUGAUGAAGAUAACUUACCUGAGUUUUAUGGUGGUAAAGGAUGUGAUGAUAAUGAUCCAAAGUGUAGUUCUGAGAUCUGUUAUGGAGGCACCAUACCAGAGUCUUACUACCUUGCAAAGACACCAUUUGGGAAGUCUGAAGGUUCUAUACUGGCUACAGUUGAUAGAGGCAAACAUCUUGAUGUGGAACAAGUUGUGGAGACACCUGGCUCUAUCAUUAGUUGGGAAUUCAGGACCAAGGAGCAUGACAUUGGUUUUGGGAUAUACCUAUCUGCUGCAACACUAGAAGAGAAAGAAGAGAUGGAAGAAUUACUUCCAAUCCAAAGAGUAAACAGUCAAUUUGUUCCUGAGCUGGGAUCCAUCAAAUGUGAAUGUCCAGGAAAAUACAUUGUACGUUUUGACAAUUCCUACAGCUGGGUAACCAAAAAAGUUGUAGAGUAUCGAAUAGAUGUCAAUAGCACACCAAGUAAUUCCCAAGAUUGAUAAGUGCAACAUUAACUUUAAAAUUGGAAUUGAAAUUAAAAAUUAGAUUGUUAGGAUAUAAUGGGUCAUAACUAUAGAAUGUAGUAGUAUUGAGAGAUUACUUGAAAGGUCAUGGCAAAGUGCCACAAGGGAGCAUACAUGGCAAAGACUCAUGGGAAGAGGUGAAUAGCCCAUGUACUGUACAGUGGUACCUCUAUUAAGUGUACCUUGGUUGGCAUCUGCUGAAUGGAGUAUUUUUACAGUAAAUAUUGAUUUAUAGCUGUCUGUUUAAAAAGGGGGUUCACUUAAUAGAGGUAUCACUGCAGUACUUUGUCUAAAUCUAACCCAGGUCAACUGUCCUAUUCUUAGGGACAGUGUACCCACAUGAGAUAUAGAUAUAAAAAUAAAACCGUCGCCAUGCUGGUUGAUUUGAUAUUGUCAACCAGCAAGGCAGCUAUGACAUGCACCCUGAGCAUGAGGACGCUAUGGCCAUGAUGGAGGAUUUUCCAUUCCUAUGUAUGCUCCUUUGAAAAUUGUUUCUUGUUGAAAUCUGCUCUGAACAGAGCAGUAUAAUAUGGAUUUUUUUAAGGUAAAAACACAAAUGUAUACCACUGAUCAGGGUUAUUAAUGCAUGUACAGGAAAAAAUGAAGGGUGUAAAUGUAAACAUAGAUGUAAUGGGUAAUAUAUUUAUAAUAAAUUAUAGUUAUUUAUCAUCGCAUGAAAUAUAACAAUGAACAAAACUUGUAACAAAUCCCAAUUUUUAUUGUUUUUAUAUUUUAAACUAAUUAUACAUCAUACUUUGAAAUGAUUCACAAACGAUUACAGUUCUGUCUACGCACUAGGUAAAUGUAAGUACUAGCCAUUUUGUGUUUAGGUAUAAAAGAUUUACCAUAUAGCUAAUUUAUUUUUUUGAUACUUAGUGUUUAAUGAUUAAUUACUGUAUAUGGGUCAUGAAAUAAAAGGGUAGAACAAUGAAAUAUA